UGUCAGGAAUUUCUGUAACUAAACUCUCCGCUCCGGUUUGCUCCCAUGUGAGCCGGCGUACCUCCUAACUUGACCCGGUAGGAAGCAAGAUUCCGUGUCGGAGCGUCGUGGAUCCGAGCUGUCACGCUGCGCACAGUCGUAUCGCGCAGCAUACACGCUGUUUCAGGGUUGAGUAAAGGGAAAAAAACAGAGACAUUCCUCGACCUGCUACAUUCUUAGAGAAGAAUGGCUGCCAUGGAGUCCCCCAAGAAGCUGGAUUCCUGGCCGAAAUCCCUCAUUCCACGUCAGCUCUCCCUAAAGUCUGGAGCAUCUCCAUCCUUGCUCAAAUCCAGCCUACCCUACGCGAUCGCUAUAGCGGUCAUCACCGCUAUAAUCAUCCCCGUUCACCUGACGAUUCAGUCGAAUCCCGGGCUGAUGUCCCUGGUCUGGAGCCACGGCGGAGGCUCAGGCUCCCACCAGCCGCCGCCUCUCGGGUGGGCCGGGAGGAUGUUUUCCAGCAUGAGCGGCAUCGACGCGGCUCUGUGCCGAGCGGAUGUGAUCUUCUGGGAGAACGUCGCUCGCAGGAAGGCGAUCUUCCAGGGCGCGUUUCAGCCCAAGUUGGGGAACCCGGUGUGGAUGAAGGAGCUGGUGCUCAUCCCCACGUACCCCUGCCCCGUGAACGAGAGGAUUGGAAAAUGGGGUGAUGGCGGGAAGUGGACGUGCCUUCUGCCCAACGCCAUACAGAAGACUAACCCCGUCGUAUACAGCGUUGGGAGCUUUGGGAUGUACUCGUUUGAGCAGUCCAUGUACAAGAUACUAGGCGCCAAGCCCUACACCUUCGACCCCUUCCUCAAUACGAACAAGCGCGAGAUCAUGGCAAACCUCACUUGCCUCCACUUCAACGAAAUCGGGCUCUCAGGAGCCAAGUCCCUCCCCGCCUACAAGAAAAGCUCCCCGGACAAAAAGUUUUCAACGCUGCCCGAUCUGAUGCGGCAGUUCGGGCACACAUAUGUGGAUGUGUUCAAGAUUGACUGCGAGGGGUGUGAGGAGGAGCUGGUGAAGGACCUGGGAGCGGCGCAUUUGAACACGGGGAACAAGCUGACGCUGCACGGGGGGAGGCUGCCUUUUGGGCAAAUUCUGAUUGAAUUUCACCAUACCAGCGGCCCUGUUCGCACGCUUGAAACCUUCUACACACUUGAGCGUCUUGGCUAUCGCAUGUUCAGCAUAGAGUACAACCCGUACUGCGUCAACUGCGUCGAAAUGAGCUUCAUUCACGAGAGCCUUGUGCGGCCAAAUAGUGACACUGACUGCCGGCCGUUUCUCACCCCUGCACUGGAGGAUGAGGGGGAGAAGGGGGAGACGAAGACGGAGGUUGGAGGGGGUGUUGCAGGUGGUAACUCUUCUGUGAGUGAUUCUGGAGCAAGCGUUGUAAAAAAGAGUAAUGGUUAGAAGCCUGGGAUUCCAUGAGAGAGGAAAAUGAGUGAAGCGGGAGGGAAUUGGCACAGGAAAGGUCGUAGUUGAGAAAGAUGGGUAAUGUUGUGUGGGGAUGCAAAUAGAAGACUACGUAGUGAUGUUAAGUGUGUUGUGAUAAAUGAAGUUUUCCAUU